AUGGUUUUGUCUAAUAAAACCAUAGUAAAAGAAUUUGUACUUGUUGGUUUAUCUACUAACUGCAAACUAUGGUUAUUUCUUUUUCUCUUGUUUAUGCUUGUGUACCUAACAAUUAUUUUAGGAAACAUACUUAUCAUUGCUCUGGUCUGGACACAGCCCCAAUUAAAAACUCCAAUGUAUUUCUUCCUGUGUAACUUAUCUUUCCUAGAAAUCUGGUUUACAUCUGUCACCCUUCCAAAGAUGCUAAGAGAUCUUCUCCAUAUGAGUCGAAGGAUUUCCAUCAGAGGAUGUAUUGCCCAGUGUUACUUCUUUUUUGUGCUUGGAGCCAUUGAAAACUAUAUCCUUGUGGUAAUGGCAUAUGACAGGUAUCUAGCCAUCUGCAACCCUCUCAGAUAUUCAUCCAUUAUGAGUCCUGUACUCUGCUGGCACUUAGUUCUUGCCUGUUGGUUCUGCAGUAUACUAAGUUCAUUAUUACCUCUAUAUUGGGUAAGCCGUUUAUCAUUUUGUGGCCAUGGUCAUAUUAAUCACUUCUUCUGUGAUGUCAUUCCUUUGCUAAAUGUUUCCUGCACAGAUGCUUCUAUCUUAAAAGCAUAUUUCUUUGUUUUUACUUGGAUUAUUAUAUUUGGCUGUUUGCUGUUUAUUAUUGUAUCAUACUGUCAGAUCAUUUUGACCAUUUUCAGAAUACCAUCCAAAUCAGGAAAGUCUAAAGCUUUUUCUACUUGUGUAUCUCACCUCACAGUAGUAGUUAUAUAUUAUGGUUCUAUUAUACUGAUAUAUGUGAGGUCACCUAAUGAGCAGGCCUUUGAAUAUGACAAAAGUGUAUCUGUGCUUUAUGUUGCUGUAAAUCCAUUGCUCAACCCUAUAAUUUAUUGUUUAAGAAAUAAGGACGUAAGGACUGUAUUAAACCUAAUUAUAUCUCGUUUGUAUGAAAAAUAG